UAUUAUUGAUUUGUCGAAUAAUAAACGCGGAAGCGCGAAAAUUCAAUGAACUUUCCCUCACUUACAUUUACCAAACUUUUCGAACAGUCAUGCAACUAGAUUCUGAAAUAAGAUAUCAAACAAAUAUAAUCCAUUUGAGUCAAUAAAACAUAACGGUUAUAUUGAUGGUUGCCAUAGCAAUGAACCUUGCAGAGUCUUUUUCUAAGCCCCGAAUUUCUAGUAUUUAAGUAUCAUAACUGAAGUGAUUGUUUGAUGCCAAAUAUGUGGGUAUGUCGCCAAGACUUUGAAUAUGUGGUGCGUAAGCAAGAACUUCAGAAAAUAGCCUUUGGUUCCAGCUGUAAUCGAGAUACCUCAUCCAAAAAAGGAAUGACUCCAUUCAUGAGACACUAUGUUUUUGAAGAUUACCCUAACAUCUCGCCAAAUAAAUAUAAUACCCUGGAAGCAUUUAAUGCUAUGAAAAUCAAGCCAUGCCUCCAUUCCAUAAGUAGUAAAGGCUACAGUGGGAUCGCGAGAUUUUCAGAGACUACAGGCCACCUGGAUGAGCAUCCUUCUCCUGCUGAAUAUACUAUCAGUACAUUUCCUUCAAAAGUAAAACAAUUAAAACACCCAUUUGCUUCAACUGCAAAAAGAAAAACAAAUUUAACAAAUAAAAACCCAGGUCCAGGGUCGCACUCACCUGGAGUGAAGCGUGGUAUCGUCUACGAUCACAGUUUUGGAGGCCGUGUGAAGAUGCGUCUUGGAGUUGAAUUAAAAUGUUGCCAAAGAAAUACUGAUAUUUGUGAUUUAUGUCAGAAAAAACCAUUCGGCGAUUACUGGCACAAGAACAACAAAUAUUUUCUGUGUAGACCGUGCAUGCUAAAAGAACGACAAGAAAAUAAAUUAUACACUGUGCCCCAACUAAAAGAAUUCCAUAAAAUUCGGUAUUGCUCAGAGAUACAUCGUCAUGAAGGAAUGCCUGCUAAAGUGUGGCUCAUGCACCCACAAGCGAUACAAAAGUGGAAUCGUUGUGAGGCCUAUCUAGCAGCAUACCUUAUAGAUUGAAUAAUGCUGG